AUGAAUUCUAAACUUCUGGUGUUAUUGUGUGUAUCCGUAUUUGCCUCGAACAAGAAUGAUGGUCCUUCGUCAAGCAAGAGUGGUGCUUCUUCAUCAAGCAAGAGUAGUACUAAAGAAGGUCCUCCCUAUGUUUAUAAGUUUACUUCUGAUAAACCGAUUAAUUUUGUGCCUACGAAAGUGAUGAAGUUGACAAUUGAAGAGAAGCAUUUUAAGAUCGAUAAGGAUGGGAAUAAAAAGCUUUAUCAGACUCAGAAAACUGAGUAUAAGUAA